AUGAGCCUGCCCAAGCCAGAAUUGCCUGAAGUGCCUGAAUUACCUAAGCCGGAAUUGCCUCACCUUCCCAACAUUCCGAGCCUACCCAAGCCAGAAUUGCCAUCUUUGCCAAAAGUUGAAUUGCCGUCGAUUCCUGAACUUCCAAAGCCAGAAUUACCAACAAUACCGAAGCCAGAAUUACCAGAAGUGCCUGAACUGCCCAAACCCGAAUUGCCUCAUCUUCCUGACAUUGUGAGCCUGCCUAAGCCAGAAUUGCCAUCUCUGCCAAAAGCCGAAUUGCCGCCGCUCCCUGAACUGCCGAAGCCUGAAUUGCCAUCUUUGCCAAAAGUUGAAUUGCCGUCGCUUCCUGAAUUGCCCAAGCCAGAAUUACCAGCAAUAUCGAAGCCAGAAUUACCAAAAGUGCCCGAACUACCUCAUCUCCUCGAUUUCCCUAAGCCAACACUACCGGUCGUUCCCACAAUUCCGAAAGACAUGUCUGUUUCCACUACUACUCCUUGAAGCUAUGUAGCGAGUUCGCUGUUGGGUUACACUAUCAUGUGAUUCACUAAUGUUGUCUCUGUCUAUUGUAAUGAUCUGAGCAUGCCUCGGAUCCUAUACAUGUACUUGAUUAUGACAGUUUGUGAUAUGAAGUGAUGUUUGUUAUGUAGAUUUACUUUAAGAAAUCAUAAAGAAGGAUAAAUUUGGUGUUUGA